CGCUGCAGUGCGCAGGAGCCCUCGGUCCGCGCCCCAGCGCCAGGAGCCCGACCGCGAGCUCCAGAGCUGAGUCCGGAGCCAGUCAGGGGUCGCCGCAGCCUGGAUGCGCCCUGUGGCGCGAGCGCACGCAGCAUCCCGAGCCUCCCGCCGCGCGGCGGGGAUGCCCGCUCUCCGGGCCCCGGGGCUGGGCCCCCCGGCGGUAACCGGAGCGGGGGGGGCGCGCCCCCCCAGCCGCAGCUGCCGCGCCCGCGCCCGGGCCAGUCGCCUUCGGGCCCCAACGCCUGUCGCCGCGCUCUGCGCACCCGCCGCCCUGCGCGGCCAUGGGGACGCUGCUGGCCCUCGUGGUGGGCGCGGCGCUGGUGUCCUCAGCCUGGGGGGGCUGCGUGGAAGUGGACUCCGAGACCGAGGCCGUGUAUGGGAUGACCUUCAAGAUUCUGUGCAUCUCCUGUAAGCGUCGCAGUGAGACCAGCGCAGAGACCUUCACGGAGUGGACCUUCCGCCAGAAGGGGACAGAGGAAUUUGUCAAGAUCCUACGCUACGAGAAUGAGGUGCUGCAGCUGGAGGAGGAUGAGCGCUUCGAGGGCCGCGUGGUGUGGAACGGUAGCCGGGGCACGAAGGACCUGCAGGACCUGUCCAUCUUCAUCACCAACGUCACCUACAACCACUCUGGAGACUACGAGUGCCACGUCUACCGUCUUCUUUUCUUUGACAACUACGAGCACAAUACCAGCGUCGUCAAGAAGAUCCACUUGGAGGUGGUGGACAAGGCCAACAGAGACAUGGCGUCCAUCGUGUCGGAGAUCAUGAUGUACGUGCUCAUCGUGGUGUUGACCAUUUGGCUCGUGGCGGAGAUGGUGUACUGCUACAAGAAGGUUGCUGCUGCCACGGAAGCCGCUGCGCAGGAGAAUGCCUCGGAAUACCUGGCCAUCACGUCCGAGAGCAAAGAGAACUGUACAGGCGUCCAGGUGGCAGAAUAGCGCUGGCCCUGGACUUCACCUCAAGGAAGAGCCAGCCCCGACGGGUGCCCUCGCCGCCACCCCCCCCCCCCCUCGGCAGUGGGGAAUCAGCCCCUGAUGGGCAUCCUUCCCGGCAGCUGGGGGGGGGGGUCGGGCCCUCCGCCGGCAGUGGGAGUCGGGCCCAGCGGUCUCCCCAACCUCAUGGUCCUGCAGAGGAGCCACCCGGGUGGGAGCGGGCGGGGACUGAUCCCACCUCACCCACCGCCUCCUGCCCACCCUCCACCGCCAUGCAUGAUGGGUGAAGCAAUAUGGCCGCCCCACCCUGCUUUUGCUGCCUGUCUUUGGGGGAGGGGGCGGCGGGGGGGAGGGGGCAGGCCCCACCCACUUUUUUUUUUUUUUUUUUUGCUGAUUUGCACAUAGGCCACUUCCCAAAUGCACUGCCAGGCCAGCCGGCCCCAGCCCUGCUUGACGGGGGUCAAGAGGGGUCGGGACAGGAACAGUCGCGGGCAGGGGGCUCUGGGGCCUCCUCUGCCCUCCGCUUCCUCCGGCUGGACCUGGGGUCCCCUUCUCUGUGACACCUCCUAGCCCCGGCCCACCCGCCCUCUCUCACCAGCCUCCAAUUGUGGUCUCCUGGGAAGGGCCUCUUCGGCCUCCUCUCUCUUUACAGACGUAGUUUUUGUUCAUGAAAUAAAGAUUCUUGGACUCAA